CACCAAAACAAUCAAACGAGAGUCAAACGGGUCCUACUCUAACAGAAAACAACUCGGAUAGUCACGCAUGUCACUCCCCGGAGCUUCCGGCAAGGAUCUGAACCCGAAUCCGACUCCACCUGACGGAGCCCUGGAAGGCUCCGAUCCCCUCCUCCAAUCGGGAGCCUUCAUCGACGGCUCAACCAUGGAAGAAAGUCAAGAAGUCGGAAAGGCUCAAUCGAACGGCACGGCGGACGGGUCGGCGGGUCGGGCCAAGGCGAAAGGUUCGGAUCCUAUGUCGAUGGAUUGGUUGCCGGCCGGUUGGAGAGUCGAGUAUAAAGUAAGGAGCUCCGGUGCCACAGCUGGAAGUACAGAUAGGUAUUACCAUGAUCCAGUGUCAGGCCGUCGAUUUCGGUCAAAGAAAGAAGUCCUUCACUUUCUGGAAACAGGAACGCCCAAGAAGAACACUAAUUCUGACAAAACUACCGUGGAAAGUUCUGCAAGCAAAAGGCAAAGGAAGUCUAGCACAAAGCCCAGUCCUGCUGUGAACUUUGAUUUUUUUGAUGUGCCUGCGAAGGUAGAAUGGGUUCUCACAGACUCCUCUCAGUGGACUUGGACACCCUUUAUCGGUGAUCAAAAGGUGCCUGAGUCCACUGCCAAAGAAUGGGCUACUGCGUUUACAGUAUUCACAUCCAGCAAUAGUGGCCGUACUCAAUGAAGACACAUUGAAUCACCCUUGUGCGUCAUGAGGUUGUACCCACCAAUGACGAUAUUCUUUGCCAACAGACAUAUAGUCACUGACCAAUGUUAGAUCCUCGCAUUUUCAUGCUGUGAAUCGAAAGAAAUAUGCCCUCACGUUAACUCUUUUGGAUCAUAUGAAUCCUACCAUAUGACAAGCGGCUUAUGAAGUUUGCAUAUGGGUUUUUG